UCAUUCACCUCUUCUCUUGUUCUUUUUCUCUAUGUUGAUUUUUGCAGCCUCAGCAGCACGUAUCUAAUAUUUCUAUCUAAUAUGUGCAGUAUUAAGUUGCUAAUAAAAAUAAUACCUGAGAUUUCAUUCGAGUAUCAAGUGCAUUGUGAUCAAGUGUUCACACAAAAAGCAAACAACCUUAUUGAGAAUCGAAUAUAAUUUUCAUCGACUUCCAUUGCAAAUCAUCGCGGACACAAUAACAUUAAAUAAACUUGAUAAAAAAGGAAAACUAAAUUUAAAUACCUUAACUGAGUGCAGUGAGUUAAAAAAUUGGAAUGUCAAGCUGAUACCAUUUACAAGCAUAUACCGGGAAAAUAUUUAAGAAAUUUAUCUAAGAAAUUGCCAGUCGGUGCAACUAUAAGCUGAAAGUCUGUUGCAAUACUCCUGGCAAGUGUUCACUAGCCUAGGAUCACCGAUCCAAUCAGUGAAUUCAGGAGGGAAAAAGUGGAGAAAAAUUGUCAUCGACUACAAACAAUGAAUUUGAGGGGCACCGCUCCCAAGAAGGAGGGAAAAAUGCGGAUCCGCGCUUUUCCGGCUUCUAUGGAUGAAAAAUAUGUCGAAUCCAUUUGGGCAAGCUUGAAAAAUGCUAUACAGGAGAUACAGAAGAAGAAUAACUCUGGACUGUCAUUUGAACAAUUAUACCGGAAUGCAUACAACAUGGUGCUUCACAAGCACGGAAAUCGGCUAUAUUAUGGGUUGCGAGAAGUGGUAUCUGAACAUUUAGAGCAUAAAGUACGCCAGGAAGUGCUUGAAAGUUUGCACAACAACUUUCUUCCAAAAUUAAAUCAAGCGUGGAAUGACCAUCAAACGUCUAUGGUAAUGAUUCGCGAUAUCUUAAUGUACAUGGAUCGUGUUUAUGUUCAGCAACGGGAAGUGGAUAAUGUCUACAAUUUGGGCUUGAUACUGUUCAGAGAUCAGAUCGUGCGUUAUUCGGAAAUUCAAAAAGCUCUGCGAGAGACUCUGCUGGGUAUGGUUAUGGAUGAGCGAAGUGGUGAAGCCAUUAACCAUUUAGCUAUUAAAAAUGCCUGUCAAAUGCUUAUGUCACUAGGAAUUAAUACACGCUCCGUUUAUGAGGAUGAUUUUGAAAAACCUUUUCUUGCGCAAUCUGCUUCCUUCUAUAAAUUCGAGUCCCACAAAUUCCUUAACGAAAACAAUGCAGGUGUUUAUAUCAAAAAAGUUGAGGCACGCAUACAAGAGGAAUCUGCUCGCGCAACGCUUUAUCUAGACAAGGAUACGGAACCUCGAAUCGUUAAAGUUGUUGAAGAUGAACUCAUUAAAAAGCAUAUGCGCUCCAUUGUGGAAAUGGAAAACUCCGGUGUUGUUUAUAUGAUAAAAAACUCUAAAACAGAGGAUCUUGCAUGUACCUAUAAACUAUUUUCUCGUCUUAAAGAGGAGGGUCUCAAAGUUAUUGCUGAUACUAUGUCGUCAUAUUUGCGUGAACAAGGCCGAAUAUUAGUGAAAGAAGAAGAAAAUGGCAACACCAACCCAAUAACAUUUGUACAGAACUUGCUCGACUUAAAAGACCGUUUUGAUCAAUUUUUGCAUCAUUCUUUUAACAAUGAUCGAUUAUUUAAGAAUGUUAUUUCGGCGGACUUUGAACAUUUUCUAAAUUUGAACCAAAAAUCCCCGGAAUAUCUUUCAUUAUUCAUCGACGAUAAACUUAAAAAAGGAGGCAAAGGUAUGAGCGAACAAGAAAUCGAAACAAUUUUGGAUAAGACGAUGGUUCUUUUCCGUUUUCUUUUGGAAAAAGAUGUUUUCGAACGCUAUUAUAAAACACAUUUAGCCAAACGAUUGUUGCUAAAUAAAUCAGUUUCUGAUGACUUCGAAAAAAAUAUGAUAUCAAAAUUGAAGACUGAGUGUGGAUGUCAAUUUACCUCAAAAUUGGAAGGAAUGUUCAAAGACAUGUCUGUGUCAAAUACCAUAAUGGAAGAAUUUAAGAAUUAUGUAAAUAUACACAAUUUAUCAUUAUCAGGUGUAGAAUUGACAGUGAGAAUAUUAACUACUGGAUUCUGGCCAACUCAAACGGCGACACCGAACUGCAAUAUACCAUCAGCGCCCCGCGAAGCAUUUGAAAUAUUCAAGAAGUUCUAUUUGGACAAGCAUUCAGGCAGACAGUUAACAUUGCAGCCACAAAUGGGUACCGCAUACAUAAAUGCUGUUUUUUAUGGUCGUAAAGCAGACAGUGAUAAAGAUAAAGAUGGUCCCAGUUCAAGUAUGUCGUCCAGCUCAAAUGGCUGCACGGUGCCAACAAAUACCCGCAAACAUAUUCUGCAAGUCUCAACGUAUCAGAUGUGUGUUUUAAUGCUUUUUAAUAAUCGUGAUGUAUUAACAUAUGAGGACAUACAACAAGAGACAGAUAUCCCUGAACGGGAAUUGGUGCGUGCACUUCAGUCUUUGUCUAUGGGAAAACCAGCGCAGCGACUUCUGGUACGGAACUCAAAAACGAAGACAAAAGAUAUCGAUCCAACAGAUGAGUUUUAUGUAAAUGAUGCAUUCAUUUCUAAGUUCCAUAGGUCUGGACCACAAAUAUUGCAGUUGGGUCUGAAAAUUUCUGAAUUACCAUCACUUUCAAUGUCCAGCACAAACAACCGAUAUUACGAUUAAAAUAUUAAAGCUUCUGAAGAACCAGUUCAGUAGCUUAAGGUAUUCCGCCCAUUACGCGCAUAUUCAGAGUAGUUUCUGCACAUUUGCGCGUAAUCGAGAAAUCCAUCGUUGUUACGGGACAAAUCCCCAGUAGAUAAUUUCAGGAGUUA